GAGGCGGGUUGAGGCAGCAGGAAGAGGAGGAGGAAACGCAGAGCAGGAAGUGCGGGAAGCUUGGAAGGAGAGGCGGGUUUGCCCUGAUCAUGGCUGCUAGGAACCAGGGCACGGCGCUAGACCUCAGCUGGCUUGCGAGAGUCCGGGUGAACCAGCCGGCGGUCCUGAGGCGGGCAGCUCAAAUUCAGACACAGCGGGCUGUGAAAAAGAAUUGGCAGGCAGCUUGGCACCUGAGGGCCAUCACCUGCAUCGACCUCACCACCCUUUCGGGCGAUGACACCCCUUCCAACGUCUGCAGGUUGUGCUACAAAGCCAAGCAUCCCAUCCGAGGGGAUCUGUUGCAAGCUAUGGGCGUGGACGGCAAAGGCAUUACUACUGCUGCCGUUUGCGUCUAUCCAGCAAGAGUCGCUGAUGCAGUGAAAGCACUGAAGGCUGCUGGCUGUGACAUCCCAGUAGCUUCAGUGGCAACUGGAUUUCCAGCAGGACAGACGCCUCUGAAAACCCGCUUGGAGGAGAUCCGUCUAGCUGUGGAAGAUGGCGCCAGAGAGAUAGACAUCGUCAUUAACAGAACCUUAGUCCUGACAGGCCAGUGGGAAGGUCUCUAUGAAGAAAUACGUCAGUGUCGUCAGGCCUGUGGAGAAGCUCAUAUGAAAACUAUUUUGGGGACAGGAGAGCUGGGAUCACUUACUAAUGUCUACAAAGCAAGUCUUGUAGCCAUGAUGGCAGGUUCUGAUUUUAUCAAGACUUCCACGGGAAAAGAAACAGUUAAUGCUACCUUUCCCGUUGGGCUCGUCAUGGUGAGAGCUAUUAGAGACUUCUUCUGGAAAACUGGCUAUAAGGUUGGCUUUAAGCCUGCGGGAGGCAUUCGCACGGCCAAAGAUGCCCUGAUCUGGCUCUCGCUGAUGAAGGAAGAACUAGGAGAUGAGUGGCUAAAGCCAGAACUCUUUCGCCUGGGGGCCAGCACUUUGCUGGGAGAUAUUGAGAGACAGAUUUACCACCAUGUGACCGGCAGAUACGCAGCUUCCUAUGACCUGCCUAUGGCUUAGACCAGUGACUAAUUCAUGAUAUGAACGAGAGAGAAGGAAAAAGAAGAAAAAGGGGAUACACAGAAGAGGCUUAAGCAAGCGACGUCCUCGAAUCCUUUCCAGGAUGUGCUCGGGAAAGGAUUAAAGGGCAGGGGGCUUCUGACUCACUUUUUCACCAAGCUGGACAAGUGCUCAUGAUUCUAAGAGAAAUUCUGGAUUUUGAAGGUUUUUCCAGGUCAAUUUUGCUGUGCCUCAUUCACUAACAUUAAUACCAGCAGGAGGGGAGUGGGGCAAAGAGAUGAUCAAAUGAUUGAUUUAGUGCGAAUUUUGUAUUAAUGGGUUUGUUUUUUGUACUGGUGUUUCCUACCCACCCCUCUUCCCCAUUACAUAGGCUGCCUUAAGGUGGCACCGAAAUAAACUAUAACAUGGUCUCCAGAA